GCCCAAAACACAAAACCCUUCUUCACUCUCGGAAGGGGUUUCAUUAAAACUUCUCUCGUCUCUUCCGACUGGUGAGAGGCGAGAACAAUCUCUCUCUCUCAAUCUCCAUCUCUCUCUAUAUAUAUCCGAGCUCCAAGAAUUAACAUAUAGUUUUCAAUGGCGAGAGCGAGCACUCGUCUGGUGAGUUCCAAAGCAGAGCAAAAACGGGUCGAGAAGCAGAAGAAGAAAGCGAAAUCAGGAGGGUUCGAGUCUUUGGGUCUGAGCCCUAGUGUGUUCAGAGGUGUUAAACGAAAGGGUUACAGAGUGCCCACUCCGAUACAGCGGAAGACGAUGCCACUCAUACUCGCCGGCCACGACGUCGUCGCCAUGGCCCGAACUGGGUCCGGCAAGACCGCGGCUUUCCUCGUGCCCAUGCUCGAGAAGCUGAAGCAGCACGUCCCUCAAAGUGGCGUUAGGGCUCUCAUUUUAUCUCCCACUAGAGACUUGGCGCUUCAGACCUUGAAAUUCACAAAAGAGCUCGGUCGAUUCACAGAUCUUCGUAUUAGUUUGCUUGUUGGUGGUGAUAGCAUGGAAAGCCAAUUUGAAGAAUUGGCACAGAAUCCUGAUAUCAUUAUUGCGACUCCUGGUAGGCUCAUGCACCAUUUGUCUGAGGUUGAUGAUAUGUCAUUACGUACUGUGGAGUAUGUCGUGUUUGAUGAAGCUGACUCUCUCUUUGGCAUGGGUUUUGCGGAACAAUUGCAUAAAAUUCUUAGCCAGUUGAGCGAGAACCGCCAGACUUUGCUUUUUAGUGCAACUUUACCAAGUGCCCUUGCCGAGUUUGCCAAGGCUGGUCUGCGAGAGCCUCAGCUCGUUCGACUAGAUUUGGAUACUAGGAUUAGCCCUGAUUUGAAGCUUGCCUUUUUCACCGUACGGCAGGAAGAAAAAUAUGCGGCAUUGUUAUAUUUGACAAGGGAACAAAUUAAAUCCGAUGAGCAAACAUUGAUAUUUGUUUCCACAAAACAUCACGUGGAGUUUCUUAAUACUCUGUUCAGAGAGGAGGGUAUUGAGCCUUCUGUAUGCUACGGUGAUAUGGAUCAAGAUGCUCGCAAGAUCCAUGUAUCAAGAUUCAGGGCAAGAAAGACUAUGAUGCUGAUUGUCACGGAUAUUGCAGCUAGGGGCAUUGACAUCCCAUUGCUUGAUAAUGUUAUCAACUGGGACUUUCCUCCCAAACCAAAAAUGUUUGUCCAUCGAGUAGGGCGGGCUGCAAGGGCAGGGCGGACUGGUUCUGCAUUUUCUUUUGUCACACCUGAAGAUAUGCCUUACCUUUUAGAUCUUCAUCUCUUUCUCUCUAAACCGAUCAGGGCCGCUCCCACUGAGGAGGAGGUUCUACAAGAUAUAGAUGGAGUAAUGUCCAAAAUUGAUCAAGCAAUUGCAAAUGGAGAAACUGUCUAUGGACGUUUCCCUCAAACAGUCAUAGAUCUUGUUUCAGACAGAGUUCGGGAGAUCAUUGAUUCAUCAACAGAUCUGACUUUUUUGCAGAAAACCUGUACAAAUGCAUUUCGCUUGUAUUCAAAGACAAAACCAUUGCCUGCUAGGGAGUCUAUUAGAAGAGCAAAAGUUUUACCCCGGGAAGGGUUGCAUCCUAUUUUCAAAAAUGUGCUGGGUGGCAAUGAGUUAACAGCAAUGGCUUUUUCUGAACGUUUGAAAGCUUUCAGGCCCAAGCAGACUAUUUUGGAAGCUGAAGGUGAAGCUGCUAAAUCAAAGCAUUUACAUGGUUCUUCUAGUCAAUGGGUUGAUGUUAUGAAGAAGAAAAGGGCCAUACAUGAGAAUGUCAUUAAUUUGGUACAUCAGCAACGCUCUAGUGACUAUGUGGCAAAGGAAGCAGAAUCUGAAUCUGAAUUUACAUCUUCAAAGGACAAGGGGAAAAAAGCAGUUUGUGGUUCUAAAAGAAAGAACAAGAGCUUCAAGGACGAGGAGUACUUUAUAAAUGCAGUGCCAACAAAUCAACAUUUGGAGGCAGGACUCUCGGUAAGAGCUAACCAAGGCUUUGAGUCAAACAGGUUGGAUGCUGCUGUUCUGGAUCUAGUUGCUGAUAAUAGUGAGGGUUUGCAGAAACAAAAAUCUACAUUUCAUUGGGAUAAGAGGGGUAAGAAGUACAUCAAAUUAAACAAUGGGGAUCGUGUGACAGCUAGUGGAAAGAUAAAGACGGAGAGUGGUGCAAAGAUGAAAACUAACAAGACUGGGAUAUACAAGAGGUGGAAAGAACGUUCCCAUAAUAAAAUAUCUUUUAGAGGAAAUAAUAAUGAAGGCAGUGCUAAAGAAGCCACAAGCAUAGCAGGAGCUCAUGGAUUACAAGGAGAUAACAGAAGGUUCAGAGGUGGCAAUAGGAAUCGCUCGGUGCCUAAUGCUCAUGUGCGUUCAGAAAUUAAAGAUCUUGAACAAGUACGGAAAGGAAGGGAGCAAAAGGCUAACAGAGUUUCUUAUUUGAAGAGCAAAUCUAAGAAGGGGAAGAAAUUUGGUAAAAAUGGUAAAAAUGGUAAAAGAGGGAAGACAAAGUAAGGAUCAGAGAAGAGUGUCAUUCCGACUACUAAUUGCAGUUUUCUUCUUGAUUGAUGUACUCAUGUUCUUUUAUCCAUUUUUGAGCAAGUUUUCUGCUUUACAAUGAAGUACGUAAAUCAUGGUAUUAUUAUUUUCUAUUUUUAUUUUCUUUUUCUUGCUAGUCGCAUUGUAAGUGUGUAACUUAAUCCGAACCACAAUGUUUUUAUUGGAUGUGUAAAUUAAAGUGCUACUCUUUAGUUCUUGCUUAAGGCAAUUCAAUGAAGAAAAUGAUUUAUGUUUUUCUGGUA